AAAAAUCAAUGGAAUUUCUCAGUGGCACCUGAAGUAAUUCUUCUUGAUUUUGCAAGCGGGUAGGAGGAUAUGCUGCUGCUCUUCUUCACCGCUCCCCUUCGCUGAAGCGGCUAGUAAUCGGAUCUUCAUCGUGAAAUGGCGAAGAGCAUCUGGACAGGCCUUUCUCCGCCUCCGGCACUUCCGCUUCAAGUUUCCCGGCCGAUAGUUGCGCCGCCCUCAUCGUGUUCAUUCCGCCCUAGCUCCUUGAGAACGAGAAUCCACGCUUCUAUUCACAGUUACCCUCUUGCCAGCAAGAUUAUGGUUAGCAAUUUGCCAUAUACCACUGAUGAAAAUCAUUUGAUGAAGGAAUUUUCAACGUUCGGUCAGAUAGCUGAAGUUAAGAUUGUCAAGGAUAGAGGAUCAAAGACAUCAAGGGGAUACGCAUUUAUCCAAUACACAUCUCAAGAACAUGCCAUGCUCGCCCUAGAACACAUGGAUUCCAAGUACUUCGAUGGCAGGGUAAUCCAUGUAGAUCUAGCGAAGCUUCGGAAAAAGGAUUUCGGUGGUUAUGUAAAGACAUGUGGCCCCCCUUCGGAAACAAAAACAUCUCCUAUACAGGAGGAGAAUCAAUAAGCUUUGGACUGGUGCUGUAAACAUCUUUCUUCUGAUCCUUUUCAUUGGCAGUUAACCUGCAGCCUACUCCAGCGUCAGUGUUGGGCAUAUAAUAUAAUAUAUAAACAUAAAUGUACAGUCCAACUAUCAGUAGGCAUUUAGUUGCAAUGGAGCACAUGUUUCAAUUUGGUAUCAGAGCUAUCCCUGCUUCGCUUAGUCUUUUAGUUGAGAUGGAGCCUAUGUCAAUAACAGUUUUCAUCCAGGUUUUGAACUGAAUUUCUGGACUUUGUUUAUGGAGCUAUGUAAAUGCACAGUAUAGUGUAUACAGGCAAGCUGAAGUUAUAUUUACAGUGUUAUCAGUUUAAUGUUUAA